UUGGUCGUAAAGCUACAUCUGAUAAGCAAUAUACAAUGGCGAGCACCUUAGCCCAAGUUCCAAAAUCUGAGCUCAAUGAAGCCGAGAUUCGACAACUCGAAGAACAAGAAAUCUCUCAAGGCCCACUGUCCGUGCUACUACAGGCUGUUAGGAACCAUCACCAGGUCCUUAUCUCGCUGAGGAAUAACAAGAAGCUACUGGCUCGCGUGAAAGCUUUUGACAGGCAUACAAAUAUGGUAUUGGAGAACGUCAAGGAGAUGUGGGUCGAAGUGCCGAAAGGGAAAAACAAGAAACCAGUGAACAAAGAUCGUUUCAUUAGCAAAAUGUUUUUAAGAGGUGAUUCGGUGAUAUUGAUUCUCCGAAACCAGGCAUGAUCAUUCCAUCUUCCAUUCGGCUCCUUUGUACUGUGUUUAUAAUCACGAUCAAAACUACCGACAAGCAUGCGAAUUUAAAAUGUUUUCGCGCUGUCAUUCCCCUCUGUCUCCAUUUGCUUAAGUGCUUGUUUCAUUUGUUCUCUGUGUAGACACAAACCCCCUUAUGCAGAAUACUAGUACGUACGCCGAUUGGCUAGUUGAAUUUGU